AGAGUUGCAAAAUUUGCAACAACAAAGAAAACAAUCAAUUUAAGCCAUCAAAAUAUAUAACAUAACAUCCAAUUCAUCAUAUUAUUUGUGUUGUUUGUGUUUAAGGUUUCUCUAGUUCAUCAUUUUCUUUUAUCUUUGAGGUUUUUGGUUGGUAAAUUCUAUCACCACCAUGGGUAAGGGUGACAUUGAGGCGGGGAUCUACCAAGGCGGCCUCUAUCCGUCGAUGAUAGAGUCGCCCGAGCUCCGGUGGGGUUUCAUCCGUAAAGUUUACACCAUUGUUUCAAUUCAGCUUCUUUUCACAGCUGGUUUUGCUUCCUUGUUCGUGUUCUUUCCACCCGCAAGGGAUUUCGUUCGUUACAAUCAAUUUCGUAUCGUUGUCUUGAUCGUUGCAGUCAUCUUUACCUUCAUAUUUUUGUUUGCAUUGAGCAAAUAUUAUAAUAAACAUCCGGUGAAUCUAAUUCUUCUGGGUCUCUAUACUCUAUGCAUGUCUGUUACGGUUGGAUUCGUAUGUGCUUUUGCUAAAUCAAUGAUUGUCUUAGAGGCAGCACUUCUAACUGGUGUGGUGGUUCUUUGUUUAACACUCUACACAUUUUGGGGUGUUAAAAGAGGCCAAGAUUUUAGUUUUCUUGGUCCAUUCCUCUUUGCUUCACUUAUGGUAUUGUUUACGUUUGGACUUAUUCAGAUGUUUUUCCCUCUUGGACCAAUUGGACGUAUGGUAUAUGCUGGUUUGGGAGCAUUAUUAAUGUGUGGUUUCAUUGUUUAUGAUACUUGUGACCUCAUUAAAAGAUACUCCUAUGAUGAUUAUGUUUGGGCUGCCAUUGCUAUCUAUGGCGACGUUAUCAACCUCUUCAUCUAUAUUCUUACAUUUUUGAAUGAUCUUUAGGGUUUGAGUGUAUUGAUAUAUGUAUGCCCUUUGUUAUUUUGAGGAUGUUAUUUAGACAUCAAAAAUAGACAUGUAUAUCAAACAUCUACUUAUUAAUUAAUAUUUGUCUUGAUUCAAGAAAAGAGAUGAAAUAAUAAUAUAUCAAAAGUAAAA